AUGUUGCUCUUGUGCUGCCUACUGACGCUAGCUGGUGUUAGCUACGCUCAGAGCUUCGCUGAGCAAUGUCAGUCUUUCCAGCCAUCGAUACCUAACGUCCAGGUCAACGUACUUGAAUUUGUACCGAAAGGCACCAAUCUAAGCCUCCCAUAUAAUGACGCGUCCUGUAACCAGAACUGGCAAUCCAUCUAUGGCACAGACUUUUGUCGUGUAGCCAUGGAUGUGAGAACCUCUAAUACCUCCAAUAUCAUCCUCGAAGCAUGGCUUCCCACCAACUGGAACGGCCGCUUCCUCUCUACAGGCAAUGGUGGACUUGCUGGUUGCAUCCAGUACGCUGAUAUCGCAUAUGCCAACAUGUACAACUUCGCUGUUGUUGGUGCAAACAACGGUCACAAUGGAACGAGCGGUAGACCUUUCCUCAACUCGCCAGGAGUAGUGGAAGACUUCGCCUAUCGUUCAAUCCAUACAGGUGUCGUGGUCGGCAAGCAACUCACGGAACAGUUCUAUUCCUCACCGAUCAACCACUCAUACUAUCUCGGAUGUUCUACAGGAGGACGCCAGGGUAUGAAGUCUGCUCAAAUGUUCCACGAAGACUUCGACGGUAUCGUUGCUGGCGCUCCAGCUUUCGACUUCAACCACUUGACAGAUUGGUCCGGUUGGUUGUCACUAAUCGCAGGCACUGAUAACACCUCAGCAUCGUUCAUCACUAGAAAUCUCUGGACCAUCAUCAACAACGAAGUCAUCCGGCAAUGUGAUUCUAUCGAUGGUGCGGUUGACGGCAUACUAGAAGAUCCUGAUCUUUGUCAACCUAAACUCGAAACUCUGCUGUGCUCGCCAGACGCAACGAACACAUCAGCUUGUCUCAACAGCGGCCAGUACGAUCGAGCCGUCAAGCUUUUCGAACCGCUCUAUAACGCUUCGGGAACGUUGAUCUAUCCUCGUCUGCAACCAGGUGGUCAUCCAGGUGCAUACCCUCUCAUAUUCGGCGGCCAGAUAUUUCAGUACACAGUAGACUGGUUCAGAUAUGCUGUGUACAACGAUCCUUCUUGGGAUCCUACCACUCUCGACCAGGCAGAUUUCACGUACCUCGACAAGCUCGAUCCCUAUAAUAUCUCAACGUGGAAUGGCGAUCUAUCACCGUUCGCCUCGAGAGGUGGUAAGAUCUUGACAUAUCACGGUCUACAAGAUCCGAUAAUUACAAGCGAGAACUCUGGAAGGUAUUACAGCCAUCUGAGCUCGACGAUGAGACUGCCGCCUAAUGUGAUUGAUGAGUUCUACAGGUAUUUUCGAAUUAGUGGCUUGUCUCACUGCUCUGGUGGACCGGGAGCCUUUGAUGUUGGGCAACGAUAUCUAGGAAGACCCGCGGAUGUGAGUACACCGACGAACAACGUGCUGCAAGCCAUUGUUAGCUGGGUUGAGGACGGUCAAGCGCCCGAGUACAUCGAAGGUAUCAGAUGGGUGAACAACAAUGCGAGUCAAGGAGUGGCAUUCAAACGCAGGCACUGUAGAUAUCCUAGACGGAACGUCUAUACUGGAACUGGCAACGGCACUGACGAGAAUGGCUGGCAGUGUGUUUUUUGA